CCCUUGCGACGAGAGAAAAGAAACGACAUGGUGGGGACAGCCACGACACAAUUCACAUGUGACCACGGCAACGCGAAGACGCGUCACCACGUGUCACGUGAUCAGUAGUCUGUCACAAUGGGAAAGAUAUUUCUCGAUCAUCCCGGCGGAACGCGUCUGUUUUCGUGUGCCAACUGCGAUACAGUGCUUACGAAUCGGUCGGAGCUGAUCUCUAUGCGCUUCACAGGAGCGACAGGACGAGCGUAUUUGUUCAACAAAGUUGUAAAUCUGAACUACAGUGAAGUCCAAGACCGUGUGAUGCUGACUGGACGGCACAUGGUAAGAGAUGUCUCGUGUAAGAACUGCAAUGCUCGUCUCGGAUGGAUAUAUGAAUUUGCAACUGAAGAAAGCCAGCGUUACAAGGUCAGUUUCAAUGGGAGCUGGGUGCAAUCGUUCAAUUCAUCUGAGAGUGAUGGAUUUGAAGAGAACAAUGAUUGAAAUUCUAGUACUACUGGAGAAUACAUCUAACUGAAUGGCCCAGUCGCCUGCAGAACAUGUAACAGAAUUUGACAAUUAUGUAAAUAGCUCUCUAGAAUAAGUAUACACACUGUACUACAUGUAUGUCACAACGCCUAGUUGGAAAUGAAUAGACUAAAGAAGGUUUUGUAUUCUCAAGGAUAUAAACAUAUGAAGGCACUCGAAGUUCAAUUUACUGGCCAUAUCCAUGAAUCUGCUGUGUUGAAGACACACACAAACUAUACUGUAUUGUAAGUCAACCUCAAUUUUAUUAGUCAACUCUAGAACACGUGUGUGUCCCACUCUUUUCAAAUCUAGGUCUAUCUGUCUCUGUAGUGUGCUGUAUUGUCUGACACUACGAUU